UCAUCAUCAUGUCGGAACAAAGCGAUGAAUCGAAGGAAAUGCUUGGCGAGUAUGAUCGGAACCUGCUGGAGCAGUUGGUCGUGAACGAUUGGGGCCUCAGUGCGGCAGCAUACAAAAGAAUGGUUUAUUGCGGUAUCGAUGAGGUGAGCUUGGUGCUGAUUGAGGAUUCCGAAAUUAAUGAACUUUUCAGCGAUGCCCGAUUGCUCGGUCAAAAGAUACUAUUCAAGCAUCGCCUUCGCCAGUGGCGACAGGAUCAGCAAAGUUUCCUUAGCAAUAUUGCCGCACACAUUGCGCUACCGAAUGGGAAUGGGAACGGUACCAGCACGCCAGGCACCGUAGCACCAAGACAAUUACAUCCGGCCCUAAACGGUACAGCUCCAACGUACAAACGAAAGUAUCCAUUCGAUUUGGAUCAUUCCGCGACGCAAUCAGCGCUAUUGCAGCAACAGCAGCACCAACACCCACAAUCCGAUGAUGAUGUGGUGAGCAUCAAAACGGAUCACGACACCCAACAACCCGCUACAAUGAACGGGCAUGGAUUGAAACGCCGAUCUACCACCGACCGUGAUUCACCGCUUAUCAUGCCGCCCACCUAUACGGCCGCAUCGCUUUCGCUCAUACAACCGUUGGUGAAGCGCAAGAUUGAACCACCGACGCUAAAAGAACGAACUUCCGGUGCGAUUGGUGACAUACCGGUGCGCAUCGAUAGGGACAGUAUGUUGCGGUUGCUGCAAUCAUCCCAGUCGGGCCGAUGGAUACUGAGCAGCUUCAAACCGAACGAACCACUCGAACGGCGCGGACAAACGAUCAUAACGCAUCUGAUCGUUGAUCAGUUUUUGCACUUCAACAUCCUCUUCAAGCAUCGGAUGAUGAGCCAUUACGCGGAUGUGAUAACGCAAGUGUUUCCUGCGGAGUUGAAGGAAAUUUAUUACGCGCCCAGAAACACGGUGAAGCGCAAUACGUCGGGCAAACUGUUCGAUCGGUACACGAACCAACGGUUGCGGCACAAGGAACGUUUGCCCCGGGUAAAACCGUUCGUUGCGGACGAAUGGACGGAACACAAAACGUUUGCCGAAUUGGCAAUCCUGAACGAGGCUAUGCAGGGUGUACAUAGUGCGGUAACGAUGAAUGGGGAUGAUGCGACCGGUAGUGAGGAUGGUAACAUUAGUAACGAUUUUCUACAACCGCUGGCGACGAUGUACGUCGAGGGUGAGGAUCACCCGGUGACUAGUGGUGGAGUUGAUAGUGGAGCGGUUGACUACUCCACACGGGAGGAUGACUGA